CUACAGACAAGAUGGCCGCUGUCUGUCAGCCGUAAUCAUUCUCACUCUCUUGAUAUUUUCUGAUGAAAUUAGCUCAUAUUUGAAAAUUCCUGGCCAAAAUGGGAUUAUCACAGAGUUCAGAAGUAUCCGAAGGAGGAACCUAUGGAUACCACGUUCAUGGCGUGCAGCCAAAUUCUCCUGCAGAAAAGGCCGGACUGCAGCCCUUCUUCGACUUCAUUCUGUCUCUGGACAACAAUAGACUUAACGAGGAGAAUGACCUACUGAAGGAGGUUCUGAAAGCCAACAUGGAGAGAGCGGUGGGUAUGAUUGUGUACAGCACUAAAACCACAAGCGUCCGUGAGCUGGAGGUGGUGCCCAGUAGCAUGUGGGGAGGACAGGGCCUGCUGGGGGCCAGCGUUCGCUUCUGCAGCUACCAAGGAGCCAACGAGAAUGUCUGGCAUGUUCUGGAUGUGGAAGCUAGUUCACCCGCUGCAUUGGCCGAGCUUCAGCCUCACAUUGACUACAUUGUCGGAGCGGAUCAAGUGUUGCAGGAUUCAGAAGACUUUUUCUCGCUGAUCGAGGCCCAUGAAGGGAAGCCCCUGAAGCUCAUGGUGUACAACACAAUAACAGAUGCCUGCAGAGAGGUGGUGGUCACACCAAACGGAGCGUGGGGGGGAGAGGGCAGUUUGGGUUGUGGCAUUGGGUAUGGCUACUUGCACCGGAUCCCAAUAAAUCCUGAAGGGACGCCGGCUGAGCCUCCCACCCCUGCUCCUGAAGAGGAGCCCGCUCCAGAACUGCCUACAUAUGGAUACACUGAGACACCUUUGAUGGCACCUUCAAGUCUAAGUGAAGACAUGUUAGAUCUGGAGAAGAUCACCCUCGAGGAGGCUCCGCUCCCUCCACCCGUCCAGAGGGUGAUGGACCCCGGUUUCUCAGAGACUGAGGCAGCAGUUGCGACCCCUAACCCGGCAGAUUUGAUAGACAGACUGGAUCUGUCCGUUUCCUCUAUCGACAUGACCAACAAUUUACUGGCCAUGCAUGAGGAGAAGGAUGGGGACAUCUCUGGCAUUGAGGAACUGGAGGACAGUGUGCUGCUCUCUUCGUCAGCAGAGAGCCAGCCCGACCCGCUGGAGCUGAGCUCCCAGGCAGCCAUGGACCUCACCUCCGCUCUCGCUUCCACGGACACUGACCCCUCCCCCUUGCUCACAGAGUCCACGCCCGUCUCUAUGUGUGAAUCAACUGAAUUUCCACCUGUGUGUGAAUCAUCUCUCCCUAUAGAGUCCCCAGAACCCCUUUCUGUCCCAGUAGAAGACCCCACCCCAUCUCCCAUCCAAAUCGACCAAUCUCCUACUGCCAGCGAGUCCACGGCGGCAGAUGAUACUCCUGCAGAGCCUGCGGAGGAGUCUGCGGAGGAGCCUGCGGAGGAGCCAGCAGGGGCCAGCAGGGAGCCAGCAGAGGAGCCAGCAGAGGAGCCAGCAGAGGAGCCAGCAGAGGAGCCAGCAGAGGAGCCAGCAGAGGUACCAGCAGAGCCUCUAGAUGUUUCUCCUGCUAACCAUGAAAGUCAACAUGAAAAACCAGAGGAAGAGCCGCCUCUUGAGUAAACUUGCACAAAAAAAAGUGAUGACAAUCACUGGGGCUUUUUUAAAGGAACACUGUAAAGGAAAAUACAGAGAAACGCUGUCUGAUUUUAUAUUUCAGUCUAAGGAUCCCUCAUGAAGUUAGUUACACUACAGAAACAAGUUCAAGCAUUAGAAAAAUACUAUUUGUUUUAUAUGUGUGGGAGAGUUACUGCUAAUUUGUACACUAAGAAGGUCAUAAUGUCAAAAAAUGUUUAUGCUUUGGUGCGAAAUGAUUAGAUUAUCAGGGUGAGGCUUUGCUCCGGGUGAAUGAAUACUUUAACACUUCCAAAGGCAUACAGCAAAGCACAACCGCACCUUAACAUCCAAAAACACUAAAAAAAAAUGUAAAGCACAUUGUUACAUCUGUUGUGUAUUUAAAAAAAUCCCAAAGCUUUAAAAGGUAGCAUUUAAGGUUAAACGAGGGAACAUUUUUACAUUACCGCCCAUGUUUUGGAUUUUUUAAGUGUUUGUAUGACGGAAAUGUUUGUGCACAAAAAUGUGUUUACUCCAGAUUUGACGAGUUCAGUAUGUUUUAAACACCGUUUUGAAAUUUGUUUUAUUCAGCUAUGCAGCCUGGGAUCUGUUAAAAACUGUUUUUACUGUUUGUAUGGCUGGAAUCAUGUCCCCCCCUCCCAUGUCUGAUUUUACUCUGUUCUUUUAAAUAUUUGUAAUCUAUGCAACAGUAGACGAGUGCUGCCUGCGAGUUGACAGAUGUGUAAUUCCAUUAGAUAGACAGUACGUAAGGAGUCACAGUGACGCUGCUGUUGGGUUAUUAUUUUCUCUUUCUAGGGGGCUUCUUAAAAGUUUUUCACUGUCAAAGUAGGUGCUAGUGUGUAAAAUAAGGAAAAGUAUUUUUGCAGAUAUUUUAUCAAUUAAUUGUAUGUUUUAUUAGGAAUGAGUGCAGAAUCUUUUGAUGAAUGUGAAUGGGUGAAGGUUAAACAAUCAUAUCACUUUAAAGAAAAACAAAAAAAUUC